CAUUUUUUAUACUUGUUUUGAAGUUUCCACGUUCGUUCCGACGUAAGAGAUGAAGCAGAGAGAGCUAUGGCUUAACGAUUCUGAUUUGAAUCGGUAGUUGGAUAAGUUACUGAUGGAACUGCCAUUGAUUUUUCGAUCUGGGAACCCAUCUCUGCGCUCACUCUCUUCUGUUGGAUCAGUGUGUAGUUCUGGUUCCAAGUUUUCUGAUUUUCAGGUGAGGAAUACGAAGAGGAGAAGGAGGAGGAGCUUGGAUGGAAUUAGCGUUUCGAGUCCGUGCAUUAGAUCUUCGGUGGAACAGGGAGGGAAAGAGAUUGAAGGAGGAAGAGACGGUGAGAGUGGAGGAAGGUUCGCAGGUCCUGCCAUGGAAGUCACCACAUUCAAUCAGAGCUUUAAUGAUGCUACUACUGACUUCCCUGUUUGGGAGAAAUUGGGUGCUGUUGUGAGGCUUAGCUAUGGAAUUGGUAUAUAUGGUGCAAUGGCUCUAGCAGGAAGAUUCAUAUGCUCAAUUACUGGAAUUGAUUCCUUGGGGGGAUUUCAUCCAUCAUUAGUUGCCGUCAUAGAAGGACUUGGAUAUGCAGCUCCUCCAAUUAUGGCCCUUCUAUUUAUAUUAGAUGAUGAAGUCGUAAAGGUAUCACCUCAUGCUCGUGCUAUCAGAGAUGUGGAGGAUGAGGAGCUAAGGAGCUUCUUCUAUGGAAUGUCGCCAUGGCAGUUUAUACUCAUUGUUACUGCAAGUUCAGUGGGAGAGGAGCUAUUCUACCGCGCUGCCGUUCAGGGAUCAUUGGCUGAUAUAUUUCUAAGAGGAACUGAAUUGAUGAGGGAUGCUCGAGGAAUUGCAGCUCUGGCUGGUGUGCUUCCUCCAUUUGUGCCAUUUGCUCAAGCAUUUUCAGCUGUGAUUACAGCUGCUCUCACUGGAUCACUCUAUUAUGUUGCUGCCUCCCCAAAAGAUCCUACUUAUGUAGUUGCACCGGUUCUACAAUCUCGAUCAGGUCGUGAAGAUCUCAAAAAGCUCUUUGCAGCCUGGUAUGAAAGAAGGCAAAUGAAAAAGAUCUACUCUCCUCUCUUGGAAGGACUUCUGGCCCUUUACCUGGGGUUUGAAUGGAUCCAGACAAAUAACAUUCUAUCUCCCAUGAUAACACACGGCAUAUAUUCUGCGGUUAUACUGGGACAUGGCCUUUGGAAGAUUCAUGACCACCGGCGUCGACUCCGGCAAAGAAUCCAACAGCUUAGAUUAGAGGGAAUAAAAUCAAAUAAGUUAUAGACAGGUGUGGUCAAUUUAAUAAGGAAGCGGAUGUCCCUCUUCAAGUUAAUGGGGCUGCAAGGAGUCUUAGCUUGGAGGAAUUCUGUAUAUUAGUUGGCAGAGCAUAAUUAUUUCAUGAAUUUAUGUAUAUGGAAGAAUAUGUUGUCUAAGGAUACAAUACUAGAUUUAGAUGAAAAUAUUGAUGUGUAUAAACAAAUAGUAUACAAGAA